AGACCCUCGGGUGCACAUCAGUAACUGCCGCAAUAACACGCGGCAGAGCUGCAGCCUGCUCGUCCUCAGGAAAGUCAUAGCCAACGACACCGGUUACUUCACCUGCAGCCGUGACGACUCCCCAUCUAAUGAGGAUCUCAUGGCGAGGAUUUAUGUGUUUGUUAAAGACUACAAAAACCCAUUUGUGGAGAUUCACCCGGAACAUCCCGAAAUAAUCUACAUUUUAGUUGCUAAGAAAACGGUUGUUGUCCCUUGCCGGGUCACCUCGCCAGAUAUCAAACCUAAGCUUACCCAGUACCCUCAUUCUGUAGAGAUGAACUUCAAGAGGAUGACGUGGGACCCAAGAAGAGGAUUUGUCAUCCCCUCUCAUUCCUUCGUUUACUCCGGAGUGCUCACGUGCACCGUAAACGUCAAUGGAAGCGUGUUCACCUCCUACUACCUGGCACAGAGACUGGAGGACAGAGUACAGAACCUGGCUCUGAAAGCAACUCCCAAAAAACUGCUGGUCGGAGAAACUCUCAAUUUGGAAUGCAGAGCAGAAACCUUCAUCAACGGGCGCAUUGAGCUCAUCUGGACGUGUCCUAAUGGGAGACACCCUUAUCCUAGAAGAACAAUAGACCAGAGUGGCACGGUGUACAAAGUGGACAGCAGCCUGACAAUUGAAAAUGUCACCAUGCAAGACGGAGGCUUGUACAUAUGUAAAACAUUCAACGUGACACAGCUGGAGGCCAACGUCACAGUCACUGUGUACGACAAACCUUUCAUUACGGUUUCCCAUAAGAAAGGGCCUUACUACGAGAUCACAUCAGGACACAAGUCACUGAAACUCGCUGCAAAGGUGGAUGCCUUCCCUCGUCCAACUGUCACCUGGUACAAAGAUGGCAAACUCAUCAAGGACAACCACACUUGCUAUGAGCCGGACCCAAUCAAGUACAGACUGGGCAUAAGGGACGUGAGACCGAAGCACGCUGGAAACUACACCAUUGUCUUGAGCAACGCAAAAUACGGCCUGUAUAAGAACCUCACCAUGCAGCUGGUAGUGACAGAGAGACCCAAAAUCUAUGAAAAGGAAACUGAUUUUGAUAAGAUUGAGCGGGUGGAGUUAAGAAGCAAACACAGAAUCCAGUGCACCGUAAGCGGGAAUCCUGACCCCAAGAUCGAGUGGAAGUGGCAGCCCUGCAGCCUCACAGACACGCUAUGCAACCCCGAUGGGCCAAAAAUUGUGGUUCAGGAGAACAUGUUCAUAGGCAACAAGAUCAGAAGCAUUGAGAACAUAACCCUGAAGCAUGGGGAUAAAAGAAAGAUUGUGAGCACACUGACUACAGAAAACAGCAGUGCCUCAGGAAUCUAUUACUGUGUGGCUUCAAACAAGAUUGGCGAAGAAGAGAGGAGCAUUGAGUUCUACGUCUCAGAUGUGCCGUUUGGGUUGCAAACAGACCCACAAGUCACAACCAUUGUGGGGAACAAUGUCCGGCUGACAUGCCGGGCCUCUAAGUACAUCUACAGCCACCUGGCCUGGUACUACCCGUCCUCAGAGCCUGCUCCCGGUGACUUGCUCAUCAAGAAAAUGGACAACUACUCCAUUUCUUUGACACUGGUCAUUACUAACGUCACGAAGGAACAGAGUGGCCUCUACAAGUGCAGAGCCCAGAACCAGCACAACACAACCGACACGCUAGAGCAGCACACCCGGCUCCUCGUCAGAGCCAAGGUAGCGCCAUAUGUGAUACAGAACCUGACAGAUCUGGAGGUGAACAUCAGCGGCAAGAUCGUCCUGGAGUGUAAAGUCAGUGGAAGGCCAGAACCUCAGAUCACAUGGAGGAAGAAUGGCUACCCCAUUUCAGCAGCAUCAGGAAUUUCCAUGGAAAAUAACACCCUGGUCAUUGAGCGAGUGAAAAAGGAUGAUGAAGGGCUCUAUGAAUGCAAGGCAACCAACGACAUGGGCCAAGACAGCACAUCAGCCUUCAUUAAAAUCCAAGGUUCUGAGGAGAAAUCCAACAUUGAAGUGAUCAUUUUGGUCUGCACUGGUUUGGCUGCCACCCUCUUCUGGCUGCUUCUGACCCUAUUCAUUCGGAAACUCAGAAAGCCUGAUGCCACGGAUAUUAAAACGGGAUACCUGUCAAUUAUCAUGGAUCCAGAGGAAAUGCCUCUUGACGAGCAGUGCGACCGUCUUCCCUACGACAGCAGUAAAUGGGAGUUCCCAAGGGACAGGCUGCGGCUGGGUAAAACACUGGGUCAUGGUGCUUUUGGGAAGGUGGUGGAGGCGUCUGCUUUUGGCAUUGAUAAAUCUUCAACCUGCAAAACAGUUGCCGUAAAAAUGCUUAAAGAAUGUGCAACUACAAACGAAUGCAAGGCUUUAAUGUCGGAACUGAAGAUCCUCAUCCAUAUAGGACAUCACCUGAAUGUAGUCAACCUGCUGGGAGCCUGCACCAAAGCUGGAGGUCCUUUAAUGGUCAUAGUAGAAUAUUGCAAAUACGGAAACCUGUCCAACUAUCUAAGAGGAAAACGAGGAGAUUUCAUUGCAUACAAGUCCCAGGAAAACUCAGACCAAGCAGAGAAAAGUCUGGAUGAGUCCAACAGUGAUUUGACCGAACUGAUCAAGAGGCGCCUUGAGAGCGUAGCCAGCACAGGGAGCUCGGCCAGCUCUGGAUUUAUUGAAGAUAAGAGUUACAGUGAUUCAGAAGAUGAUGAAGAAGACGCCGAGGAUCUCUACAAGCGCCCCCUGACUCUGGAGGAUCUGAUUUGCUACAGCUUCCAAGUGGCAAAAGGCAUGGAGUUUCUCGCCUCCCGAAAAUGCAUUCAUCGGGAUUUGGCAGCAAGGAACAUCCUUCUUUCAGAGAACAACGUGGUGAAGAUCUGUGACUUCGGACUUGCCAGGGACAUUUACAAAGACCCUGACUACGUACGGAAAGGAGACGCAAGGCUUCCACUCAAAUGGAUGGCUCCAGAAGCUAUUUUCGACAAAAUUUACACAACGCAGAGUGACGUGUGGUCUUUUGGAGUGCUGCUAUGGGAAAUAUUUUCACUAGGCGCCUCCCCAUACCCUGGAGUGCAGAUAGACGAGGACUUUUGCCGACGGCUCAAAGAAGGAACCCGGAUGAGAUCUCCAGAGUACUCGACUCCAGAAAUCUACCAGACAAUGCUGGAUUGUUGGCACGGAGUACCCACAGAGAGACCGACUUUCACCGAGCUUGUGGAGCGCUUAGGAGACCUUCUUCAAGCCAACGUACAGCAGGAUGGUAAAGACUAUAUUCCACUGAACAUCACCUUGUGUCCUGAUGGAGAAUCUAAUGCCAAAACUUGCCCCGUGGAAGAAAACUUGACCAACGGUGUUAAUCGCUGGAGCGCAGUGGAAACUGGUAACAACAGCAAGAAGCGGCCACUGAGUGUGAAGACAUUUGAUGAGGUGCCAGUGGAAAAGGAGAAAGUGAUGCAUGAGGAGUCGGACAGUGGGAUGGUGUUGACGUCAGACGAGAUAAAAAGCCCAAAGAGGCUGGAAAUCCGUUCUUGGCCUUAUGGGAUCAUGGCUCUGGCGCGCAGAGCUGUCAGCAAGAGCAAAGAAUCCAUCUUAUCUGACCACGAGCGUGAGGCUGUCAAAUACCAGCCAGCAGUACAGGUAGAAGAGGACACCAUGGACUUCACACUGGAAGACUCUGUUCUCCUUCCUAUGGAUCCCACCCUGGAAUGCCACAGCCCACCUCCGGAUUACAACUCCGUCAUUCACUACUCGGCCCCCCCGGUGUAACAGCCCAGCCCCACACAGGGCGCCCCACAACCCUACCAGCUGAUCCUCACAUCCCUCCACGCCUGGAGAGAGAGGCCGGGUAAAAACACGAAGGGAAAUCUGACAGGACAACGGUUUAUGUGCUUCUUCUGGCACAUCUCUGAUGUGAAUAGAAACAUUUUAAGAUCAUCUCCUUUGCUAUCUUUAAAGGCCUAUUGCAACACAUGCAGUAAAUGACAAUUCUGUCUAUUGGAAUCAUGAGUAGGAGCCGUAACCCAGAACUGCCUCCACUCCUUCCUCCCCUGGCCGGGACUGUUCAUUGGCAUCCCCAGAUUUACAAGUUCCUUCAUUCACAUUUCACUCCAUGAGAAUUGAGUCAAGCCAGUUGUGAAAAGAGAAUUCAUUCUACUGGUCCUGCACACAUCCUGCAGGGAUUCUUUAGGACGAUGCUGUAAGGGAUCAGUUGGAAACACCAGCCACACACCCAAACGUUUUGGAGAAAAUGCAAAACUGAAACAUCAUUUUUGGAAGGUGGGAUCUCACCUUCCAUAAAUAUUUCUGGAAUCUGAAAUCCCAAAUAUUUUGGUUACAGUUUGUGAUUUAAUGAUUUUCACUGCCUAGAGGAUACACUCCUAAAAUCGCUAUGGCACAGAGAAAGCAGAUAGUGCUCGUGUAUCAAGAGGCAGGCUGGUCUUUCGGGCCAUCAGGGCACACAACGUGGUUACAUCUGUUUCCCUGUGCUUUCUAAUUGUUCAAACAGCAAUUUAUUUACAUAUAUGCAAUAGGGAGCCUUGAUGGAGAUGCAUCUGUAAUGAUUGCAAGGCAAAAUCACUGCCUUCAAAUAAGAACCUUCUUAAGCUUAACUAGACCAAAUUUCCCAGCGCACACGCACGUGUUUGUGUGAACGUGCAUAAAAUACUCGUUACAACAAGAGAGUUACACAUACAUGCACCUACACCCUUGAGGCACCAGCAGGGUAGCAACAUUUUUAAGUUUCCUUUCUGCACACAGGCUAUUUACUAAAAAGGAAAAAAAGGCCUUUCCUUUGGAUUUUGAAGCAGAUGCCCAGCAGUUUGAUCCUGGGAAUACCAGCCUGUGCUAAACUAUAAACACGUGUGCCACGUGUUUGUCUCUGACUGUCCUACCAAGAGAAAUAUCGGUGUGAUACGUAGUACCCCCUCUACAUCUAAGCCCUUCAUGGCAAUUCAAAGCUAUUUUUGCUGCCUGAUCACGCAGGGCUGAACAGAUCACAAAUUCUCACAUUCAAGAAAUUCCAAGUGUGCUGCCCCCCACCCAAAGCGGUGUGUGGCAGGGACCUGCCCAUUCAAUGUAGAACCCCCGUCCCACGCAUGCCCCGGGCGUACUCAUAACUUCAAAAAUACACAAAUAGUGCUUGUCAUUUAAUGUGCUUUGUAGCAAUCAGAGUUAACUUCAGAAAUCUAGGAAGAAAGAAUGAACCUGCUUUGCAAGUACAAAAGGCGAGGAUGAGAAAGAUGUUCAGUGACUCAAGGCUAUAACCUCCUGAGUUAUAAGCCUAGAUCCGCGAAUGACUCUCUCUCUCUGUGCAGUUUCUUCCAAGGUCUGAACAACCCUUUCCUUUUCUUCUAAGACUUGACACUGAUUUGACUUCUUCAGAGAAAAAGAAUUUUUUUCCGCAAUUACAAACUCAAGGAAGAAAAGAGAUCCAACACUUGUAAAACAAUGCUAUUACCUUGGCAAAGACAGCCUGGACACCCCGGCAGCAGCCAAGAAAAUGUCUCUGGAUGAUGGGUUACAAUUGGUUACAUUGAAGUAAAGACAAAUAAGCCUCAGGUAUUAUCAAAGGGGGAAACAAAUCUCCAAACUCUGAACCACGUUAACUGUGAACACUCAAGCAGCUGAAGGAUGGGCUCCUGGGAACUGCACUUCUCCCUGACUUCAGACUCCAUGUAUUAAGGAAAUCACCUGCAGUAACUCCCAAGCCCCUUGUUAAUAGAGGACCUGGUAGAUAGCUGUGGUCUGUAGUUGCUUUAUGGCCAUAUUUGCACUUCUUUGUAUUUUAGUACCUAUGUAUUAAGUAGAGCUGGUCAUAUAACAGAAGAAACUACUGGGAAAGAAUUCAUCCGAUGAGCCCCAGAAAGCUCAUUGGAUGAGUUUUUCCAUCAAACAGUAAAUUAACUAUAUAUAGCUCUGAUCAAAUAACCAAUCACUUCUUUUGGGAAUAAUUUAUUCAGGUGGCAAAAAGAAAACAAGAUGUAGAGAGUUUGUCUGGCUCUACUGUUAAUGGCAUCAGUGUGAGAGUCUGUUAUUGUGCCUUGUUCUGUAGGGUAAGAAAAUGACAGUGUUUAAAAACCUUCACUUAUAAAUUUAAAAAUAAGUAUAUAUAGAAAAAAAAAAAAUCCUGCAAGUAUGCUCUCCAUUUUGGAAAAGAAUGGGAAACGCUGCUGUGUGAACUGUGCUUCUAAGAGAGCUGAGUAAAUCAUGGAUGAACUGCAGAGGUUUCUCAGAGAGCAGAGGAACACGGAGUGGGUUUCCCGAGCGGGACCCAAGCGGACACUGGUGGACACCAGCAGCCAGGUCCCUCCUGGCUCCCAGUAACGUCCAUCAGCCUUUCUGCAUCGCCUGAGAUGGGGAAGCAGAGCCCAGGCUCAAGGGCUCAAGACACAUUUUAAAACAUCGGUGGCAUCAGCAGCCCCCCUGAACGCCCGGGUCUCCUCCGCGGUGGCAAAAUCAAAGCUGUCUUGAGCCGGAUCGAUGGACAGUUCUUCAGGGAGCACAGACACCCUCCGACCCGCGGAAAUGGCCUUCAAGUGUUCUGGAAAUGGCAAGUGACUGAUGUCUGGGCAGCUGUGUUUCCAAUGUUUAGUUUGAGUGGAAGAUUUUCUCCUCCUUAUAGUAAAUGUAACAAGCAAAAGUAUUGCCUGAAAAGUAUUAUUGAACAUAUGUCUUCUAUUUUAUUUACUAAUAUUUUGUUUGUCCUUUUCUCUCCUCCCUUAAUUUAAUUAUUGUUCUUUUCUUACAGUGAUGUAUAUAGUUUACCCAGUAGAAACAAAUAUAGUGAUUCAUUUAUAUGGUAAAAAUUGUAACAUUUUAGUCAAAAGAGAAAGAGAUAGCCAGACAUAACAGAGUUAAGUAUUGUUACUAAACAUUUCACUAACACUUGCAGGCCAGGCUCCAGUUUACAGUACCCCACUAGUGCCAUGUCACAGCAGUUCUCCUCUUGGCUGCGAGUAUCUCUGCCUCUCACUCACUCUCCACGUUAUUUAGGUUCAGUUGGGAAACAGGGAUCUGGAGGAACGUGGCAGGUUUAUCUCAUUCCUGGCAGCGUCACCACGCAGCUCCUGCUAAAGGCGAGGAAUUUCCUCCGCCUCCACGUUAAUCGAAGGCUGAGGUAUUGGCUACAGGAUCAGAAAGGGCCAAAUUGUUUAUAUGAUGUGAUGUUUAUUAUUUUUUUCAGACUUCUCAGGGAUUCUUACUCAACUCCUGUCAGCCACCUGCUUUAUCUAACCCAACUGAGCUCAAUGGUAUCUGGUAUUAACACCUGCCUUCGUUUGCUUUAACGGUGCUUAUUCCUACUGGUUUUAACCUCUUGUCACUCCAGAGAAUUAGAGCUACCAAAUUCAGAGCUUUCCACAGAAAGGUGUUGUCUUCUCUCCAACAAUCACCUGGCACAUGGGUGUCCCAGGAUAAGUGCCUUCACCUGCAGGUUAUUGUUCAGGCUGGUGUUUGUACAGUCUGGUUUCCUGUCUCCUCUUUUCUCUACUUUUCAUCUCUUUCUUGAUAUUUGUUCUGCACAGUCCCUUUGGAUUGCUUUUCUCUGCCUCUUGAAUGAGAUCAGGUAUAGGACUCAUUUCACUCUGCUAUUUCCUUUAUAUUCCGUGCUUGCAGAGGCAGAACUAGAUAAUCUAGAGCAAGCUUUGGUCACAUUACAAUUUCUUCCAAUAUAAGCAAGGAAUUCCAGCUUAUAUUGGUUUGUCUGGAAGCCUCACUGUGUCCUUCCCCAAACGAGAGAAGCUUCUUAAUCUAUUGAUUUUUCAAUAUUGGUAUCUGGAGCAAAACAAAGACUAGCAAUGUGAAUCUCAUCCUUCUCCUAGUCCUUUCUAAAACAAUGUGGUUUCUCUUUGGUUCUUCCAAGUUAUCCUCACAAGGUGGGGUCUCCUGGGUGCUGAGCCCACACCACCUACUCAGGAUAUCAAGGAAGGUCAGAUAAAAACCUACAGUCUGAGUAACAGUCUCGAACAAAACCACUGAAAUUAGAACCCACAGAAGAUGUGUAACAUUUCGGGCUGCCUGCAGGCACAAACUGUGCUGCUUAAGACAUCCCACUAACACAACCCUCCUCUCCAAUCCUGCUGCUUGGCAAAUGCAGAGUAUAAGGAUAAUCUGAGUGUCCAGCACUUACUUCUCUCUUUGGAUUUACACUCUUGUGUUCUGUAGGAAUGUUUAUUCAGUGUGUGAGUCUAUAACUGGCCACUCAACAGUUCAUAACCUAUCUUCUCAAUGAUCCUCCACGCUGAGCGUUGGCACUGCCUUGUCCAGUCCCAUCUUGCUUUAUUAACUUGAUCUGCCCCUGUUCCAGCUGUAAUGGUGUGGUGCUGGCUCAAUGGUGGUUGCCCACCACCAACUGGGCAACACCAGGAAACGUUUGUAGGGAAACACCACUAGCAAACAGCUACAUAAUAAGAUAAAGCAUUAUAGGCUUUUCCUGAAUACAGGAGUUAGCCAGGAUUGGUAUAAUACUCAGAUGAUAUUAUAAUUUCUUUCUUAUCAUAAAGUGAAUAGAAAAUACAGACGGUAACACUAAUUCUUUUGCCCCUCCCUGCAAAUAUUAGUGGUCAAAAUUUGGGAUCUAUUUUCCUGAUUUUAUACUAAGUCACCAAAAGAAACAGAAAGAAUUUUGCCAAAAUGACGACACCAGCACCAUCUUAGGCAAGCGAAAUUCAGGGAGGACUUCUGGCUGGGACCCUGUGGAGGCUCAGUCACUGCACAGGAUCUAAGUGCUGAGCCCAAGCGCUGGCUUGUUUGUUUGACACGUGGUUUUUUUCACAUGGUGUUAACACAGAAAAGCAAACUUGUUGGACCGGGUCACUUGGGACCCCAAGCAAACUUGAUGCCAUGAGGGCCGUGGUCACAGGAAGACUGGUGUGGCUUGCACUGAGCAGUGUCCCCUUGUCCUGCCCGAGAACCCUGUGCCACAAGAGCCAGCACAUCCUUAUUACUCCAUUCAUUUUUCCUUAGGUCUUGAGUUGUCAAAGCAGCUAAUGAAAACUGGGAAAAGCCAGUAACUAGGGACUUAAAGAAAAUAAACUAAGUGCCAUGUAAUAUUCAAAACACUAAGGAAUGUUUGUCUGCCCUGUUCCUGUCUGUCUGAAGAAUGUAUGCACUGAAAACAACGCUUUCUUAUGUAGUCAAAAAUUGUACUGUAUCUAUUAACCAAAAAAAUAAAAAGAUUCUAUAUUUAUACAGCC